GUGCGUGCGGAUGCGGAUGGAUGAAUUGAUGGAUUCGAUUCUUUCUCAGCAGGAAAACGCUUUCCCAGUGACGCCCCGCUCCUCCCCAUUUCAAAAUUUCUACCACUUUUUCUUCCGCAUUCAAAAACCCUAACUCCUCCUCCUCCUCCUCCUCCUCCUCAGAGAUCGCAUCUAAUUUCCCUGCAAUCUAGAAUCAACCACUUUCUUCAUCUGGGUUUUUCCCUAGGACGGCCCCAAGCUGAAAAGUCAUUUGCUUUUUGAAUAAGGGCUGGGUUGGGUUUGGACUUUGGAAAGAGGAAAUGGUGGAGGAGGAUGAAUGCGCGCAUGGGACUGCGUCGGAUCGGUCGUUUCCGAGCACCAGACCGGAUUCGAGGGUGACGGGGGAGAAGGAGAAACGGGGUGGCUUAGAAUUUGGGCUAAAACGCGAAAUCGAUCGCAAGCGGGUCAAAAUGCGAGCCCUUGAAUCCGUGCUGCAUGCCGAAGGAAUUGAUACGCAUAAACCAAAUUUUAUGAAAGACAAAGAAGCUAUUGAACAGUCUCAUUCUUGUGAAAUUGAAAGGUCCCAAGUUAUAGAAGGGCCUGUCACUACAAAUUCAAAUGCUGUUCAAGCAGAAACGACGGCAAGGCUCACAUUACACCGCCUGGUUGACCGUGUUCCUGGAUCUUCUGAUUUCAAUUCGAAAAUUUGCACCACUAGAAAUUCGGCGUGUGUUGACCCCCUGCCCAUUUUGACGGAUGGCAACAGAUUAUCUUCAGUUAGAGAGCACACAAUGGAUUGUGAUGUUGGUAUUGCAGCAUCAAGGGGCACUGGCUUGGAUCUCAACGCAGAAGAUGUUUCGAGUUUGGUAAAUCAGGGCCAGUUCAAUCCAUACAAAAAUCAUGAUCAUUUGAAAUCAAGUGAUGUUUCUGAGUGUGGGAGUUCUACUGGGUCAUUUGAGGAUAAUGAUCCACUGCGAGUUUGGAAAGAGAUGAAGCAAAAUGGAUUUCUCUCAUCUUCUCAUGGUGGCAUACCGGUGCCAAAGCAGCGUGGGAGGAAAAGUAAAAAUGAUGAGUAUAAAAAGAAGAUGGAGCAGGCAAAGAGAGAACAGAUUGACAAGUUUACAAAGAUCGCUGCGCCAAGUGGGCUCCUCAAUGAAUUGAACCCUGGAAUUAUAAACCAUGUGAGAAAUAGCAAGCAGGUUCAUUCCAUAAUUAAGGCCCUCGUAAAAUCUGAAGAAAGAGAAAAUGCUCGUGCUGGAAGCAAACAGAAAAGCCAAUUUCAUACCCGAUCCAAUGAUUUUAGUGACAAGUAUACAGAAAAUACAAAUGAUUCGGGAAUGAAUACUAUUUCUCUUUCUCGUAAAGAUGGACCUCCAAAUACUCUAUCAUUGAACAGCCUAACACGAGAAUACCCCAUGUCAUUAAAUAAAACAUAUUUUUUGAGUUCAGUGGACAAAAAUGGUGACUCGAAUAUAGUUGAAAGAAGGAGCUGUUGUAAAACUUCUUGUACUUCGCACUGUACUCACAAAAGUAAGGAUGAUAUACUUGCAUUGAAGUUGUCAUCAUCUACACCAAUUGUGCCAGAGAUGACUAACUCCUUAUCGAACGAUGGUUCCCCCAGCAAAAACAGUGUUCCUUCCCUUUCUGUAAAAGCGGCUACAGUUGCAUCUCAAUGGUUGGAACUUCUUCAUCUAGACAUUAAAGGACGUCUUGGAGCUUUGCGACGUAGUAAGAAAAGGGUUCGGGCUGUAAUUCACACAGAAUUGCCUUUUUUGCUCUCAAAAGAAUUCUCAGCAAAUCAGGAGAAUGAUCCUUCUGUUAUGAAAAUUUCUGCUACUGAAUGUUCAUUCAAAUCAGCUGCUGACAUGCAUCGAGCUAGGUGGACUGCAUUGUUUGAUCAGAUGGACAAAGCACUUUCCGAGGAGGAGAAACAGCUUGAAGAUUGGUUGAACCAAGUAAAGGAAAUGCAAGUGCACUGUGAAUGGGGCCUGCAAAAUAUCCCUUGGAAUGCACUAUGUGACUUGCGACAAUUGGGAACAUCUGAAAAAUGCUCCAGUUUUCUGGCAAGCAGAUCAGAGAAAGGAGACGACUCCGAGAGGGAUUUAGCUGUUCGUGCGGCUGCAGCCUCCAUUUAUUCAACAUGCAGCUUUUUGCAAACAAUGGAAAAUGUCCCAUGUUUCUGACUCCAAUCCCUUCUUCUACACCACCCCAAUUUUAAUUUAAUUGUACUGGUUAAAAAAGUUUGGGAUUGUUGUUUGGACAGGGUAGAGUAGUUUAGCCUGUUAUUCUGUACCAUCAAUAGAGGGCAUUGUGUUUCACAGCCGUUGUAUGAUUUACAAGAGUUAUCAGUAAACUGAAUUUUGGGUUCUUUAAUGCACCUCAGCUAAAAAAUUUGGAGUACUUGGUGAGUUAUGUUUUGUGGAUAAUCAUACAACACAAAGGGUCGGACGAGGCGAUAAAAAGGCUGAUUUGAAAUGAUGGAUUGGUGCAUAAUUUCAGAGGGAGAGGAAUAGGAACCUGUGUGCAACCACAGCCUUUAUUUUUUUUUAGUAAUUUAAUCAUGUUCCGUUGUGCUCCUGGCUCUUGUUCUCAAAGGGUUCAAUUGUACACAUGUUUUAAGCUUUUCAAAGAUAAUAUUCAAAUUCUUCGCA